ACCACUACCACCACCACACACACCCGGGAUCGCUCGCGCGCGGCUCAAACCGAUGCGCGAGAGAGAGGACGACGGCUGGCGCUCGCGGGCACGCGGACGGUAACGGCUCAGGGUUUGGAGCGGCGGGACAAAUGAAUACAAAUGAAUUUAGCGACCCCAAGGAGAGAGCGCGGGACCUCUCACGAGUGGGCAACGAAAGCUCUACUUCUGUGUACUCUUCUGUGCUGUACCACUUAUUUGGGACUCACACAAGUUCUGUCUGAAGAUGUGGACGUGCUGCAGCGUCUGUCUCUGCGCGCCGAGCAGGGGUCCCGCUCCGUCCCUGUUGGGGUCAUCUCUCUUCGCUCCGGAGUCAUCCUCACUCCCCGAGCGCGGGUUACCACAGCAACGCGCACCUUGCUCCCACCUGACCUUUUCUGGAACUCCACACUUCUGCUGAGUGUUCGCUCGCACCGUGUCAACUCCGCCUUCCUCUUCUCCGUCUUUUCCGGCUCUCGAAUCCAGCUGGGCCUGGAGAUUUCCCCUGGGACAUUAACACUCCACUCUGGACCCCAGAACUCCAUCAGCUUCCCCUAUAACCUCCAUGACGGCCGUUGGCACAACCUGGCCAUCAUCCUGGCCGGCCAGACAGUCACCUUGCUGCCUGCCUGUAACCACAGUGACAAUGGGGGUGUGUCCCAGAAGCUACCCUUGCCCCCUCUAGCCCGUUUGGACCCUCGCGGGACAUUCCGGCUGGGUGGUAGCAGUGCCCUGUUGCCGGGUGUCGCCCCAUUUGAGGGCGCCGUAUGCCAAUUCGACAUCGUGCCCACUGCACGGGCACAAACAAACUACUGCAGUGCCAUCCGCAGGCAGUGCAGAGAAAAUGACACCUACAGGCCAGCCCCGCCCCCUAUCCUACUGCCCCUUCCUCAUCGCCAUGCCUCACCCACCUCGGCCCAAAAUUUGUCUUCUAAUCAUACCCCCGCAACUGGCAUCCCAUGGAUACCCCUGAGUGGAACUGCCGGGCCUGUUUUAGAAGAGAAUAAUGCGGUCAUGGGGUCCCGACCCAAAACCUUUUCUCCCACGUCCACUCCUCUACCCCCAACUGGGACACGACUCGAACCACCACCACGAGAACGCUUAAGCACUGCAACUCCCAUGCCCACUCUCAGGGCACCCAAAACCUUGCCCAAAAUUAGCCCCAAAUCCACUGCCUCCAGACCAACGGCCAUGACCAAACCAGCAGGGUUCAAAUCCACCACAGCAAGAACUCAGUCUAAAUCUGUUACAGCUAAACCUUCUUGGUCAAAGCCUGCAACUACAAAACCCACCAGUACUAAACCAUCUGUCUCAAAACCCAUUAGCACAAAACCCACCGUCCUAAAACCCAACAGCACCAAACCUACUGUCUCAAAAUCCAACAGCACCAAACCCACCAUCUCAAAGCCCAACAGCACCAAACCCACCAUCUCAAAGCCCAACAGCACCAAACCCACUGUUUCAAAAUCCAACAGCACCAAAUCCACUGCUGCGUCAAAACCCACAAACUCAAAACCUUCUGGGUCCAAGCCAGCACUAUUGAAGCCCUCUAAACCCACACCCACAAAAUCUACAGCAGUCAAACCCACAUCUCAGAAAGCCCUUCAUCUCAAGCCCUCUCCUGCAAAACCCACUCCAGAUAGCAAGAAAACAUCAGUGAAACCCCCACACAUUACUGCACCCACUGCAGCCAGCUCCACUAAGAGACAAACAGACAUGUUAAUGUCUUUAUCUGACCAGGGUCCGAUUAUCCCCAAAAAAACAACCUCUAGCCCAGGUAAAAAAACACCACAGCCCAAAACCAGCACCCAACGCACACCCAGACACACCCUACCUACGCCCAGGUCCACACCAUUCACCCCUCUUGUUUUAAAGAUGCCCCAGAGCACCCUGCCAACCCCGAAAAUCCCCACAAAGACCCCGAAACCUCCUGCUACCCUACCGACAGCCAUGCUAACCUUAGAGACACAUACAGUUCUAGCCGCAGAUGGAUUUCAAAAUUGGGAUCUGGAUCCAACACUGUUUGCUUCUCUAAGGGGACCACCAGGCGAAAAGGGAGAUUCCGGACCUUCGGGAAUUCAGGGACCUCCAGGAAAGCCAGGACUGCCAGGGAAGAGAGGACCACGGGGACCACCCGGACCACACGGUAACCCAGGACGACCAGGUCCCCCAGGGUUUAAGGGGAAAAAGGGUGACCCUGGACUCUCUCCUGGAAAAGCUCCUAUAGGAGAGAAAGGAGAUCCUGGGAUUCUCGGUCCUGUUGGUUUAUCUGGUAUAGAGGGUCGAAAGGGGCAGAAAGGUCAUCCUGGACCACCUGGCCUCCCAGGAGAACCAGGUGAACGAGGGCCUGAUGGAAGUCCUGGUGCCAAAGGUUAUCCUGGCAGGCAGGGGCUUCCUGGUCCUAUAGGUCCUCGUGGUCCAAAAGGCGCGCGGGGCUUUAUUGGGAUCCCAGGCCUUUUUGGUUUACCUGGACCUGAUGGUGAAAGAGGUAGUCCUGGUUCUCCAGGGAAGAGGGGCAAGAUGGGUACGCCGGGCUUCCCAGGAGAUUUCGGUGAGAGGGGACCACCAGGAGCUGACGGGGAGCCAGGCGCUCUUGGUGCCCCUGGCCCCCCUGGAGUUUCUGGCCUGAUUGGUGACAUGGGCCCAGCUGGUGCAGUUGGUUUGCCAGGACUGGUUGGACUGAAGGGUGUUCCUGGGAAUAUGGGCGAGCCUGGACUGAAAGGUGAUAAGGGUGAUGUUGGACUUCCUGGAGAUCAAGGAGAGAUGGGCUUCAAAGGAGACAAGGGUGUUCAGGGGUUGCCAGGGUUGCCAGGUCUACGUGGAAAACCAGGACUUCAGGGCAAAAUAGGAGAGAGAGGACCUGAUGGGGUUGCUGGUCCUCCAGGUCCUGAGGGUUUUCCCGGAGACAUCGGACCACCUGGACAAAAUGGUCCUGAAGGACCAAAGGGCAAACUAGGAGCGAGAGGGUUACCAGGACCUCGCGGAGCUCCAGGAUUAGAGGGAGAGGAGGGGCCUGUUGGACCACCUGGACCGACAGGACUGGAGGGUGCUAUGGGCAAACAAGGUUUCCCAGGAAAAGUCGGGGAGGACGGAGUUAAGGGUGAGCAAGGAGUCACUGGGAAGGCUGGGCCGAUGGGAGAGAGAGGUCUGGUUGGCUUUGUCGGUCCGGUGGGGGAGCCUGGAUUGGCAGGGGAAAAGGGUGAUCGAGGGGAGAUGGGCCUGCCCGGACCUCCAGGAGAGAAAGGAUCUGAAGGACAUCCAGGAACACCUGGGGAGACUGGACCGACUGGCCCACCAGGGCCACCAGGCCCCCCUGGAUCACGCGGCCCCAUUGGCACUCGAGGACCUAAAGGGAGACGGGGCCCACGGGGUCUAGAUGGCCCAGUUGGUGAGGCUGGCACCGAGGGGAAAAAGGGUCUUGAUGGUCCUCCUGGAAAAAUUGGCUUCCCUGGAGACCAGGGUAAGAUUGGGGAGCCUGGCGAGGUCGGGCCAAAAGGGUUUCCGGGAAUCCAGGGGCCUUCAGGGGCACCAGGAGCCAAAGGAAUCGCAGGAGAGCCAGGCCCCCCAGGAAUACCAGGAGCAAUAGGGCCUCUCGGAAACAUUGGGCCAAAGGGCCCUCCAGGAAAAGUGGGAGACUCUGGAGUUCCAGGUGAACCAGGAGAGAAGGGUGCCCUGGGAGCAGAAGGGAACGCUGGAGCUCCAGGCCUUGUCGGACCCAGGGGAGAGCCAGGUUUGGAAGGCGAGGCUGGACCUGCUGGUCCUGAUGGCCCUAAGGGGGAGAAAGGUGACAUGGGACUGGAGGGUGAGCCCGGCAUGAGAGGUGACCCUGGAAUCAAUGGCAAAGAAGGAUCACCGGGUGACCCCGGACUUACCGGCGUCAGAGGUCCUGAAGGGAAGCCAGGGAAAAUGGGAGAGAGAGGAAAACAUGGCCUGAAGGGAGCAAAGGGAAAAAUGGGACACCUGGGUGAGACUGGAACAGUGGGGAAACCUGGACCAGUCGGAACCACUGGGCCCAAGGGGUCGAGAGGAACCAUCGGACCUGUGGGUGCUCCUGGACGGAUGGGUCAGCAGGGGGACCCAGGCAUAGCAGGGUAUGAGGGUCACCAGGGGCCAUUGGGUCCUAUGGGGCCUCCAGGACCAAAAGGUGAAAAGGGUGAACAAGGGGAAGAUGGGAAAACUGAGGGCCCUCCUGGUCCCCCUGGACUCAGAGGUAGAGUCGGAGACAGAGGAGACCGAGGGGAGCCAGGAGAUCCAGGAUACCCAGGUCAGCAGGGGGUGGAUGGACUUAGAGGCAAACCUGGUGCACCUGGAUUACCCGGCCAUCCUGGUCCCCGUGGACAACAAGGCCCCAAAGGAUCGAAAGGCGAGCAGGGUCAGAAGGGUAAACAGGGUAAACAAGGAGAUCGUGGAAGCAGAGGAUCAGUAGGUGCUGUUGGGCUGCCUGGUCCGAGGGGCGUUGUUGGUCGCGAAGGACAAGAGGGCGUUCCUGGAGCAGAUGGCAUUCCAGGGAAAGAUGGGAGUAAAGGAAUACCGGGUGAACAAGGAGAUGAUGGUGAGAUUGGCCCUUCUGGUAAACCUGGAGCCCGGGGUAAAGUAGGUGUCCCAGGAUUGCCAGGAGAUCAGGGUUCAUUUGGUCCAAAGGGUGAGCGAGGUCUUCCAGGUCAUCCCGGCCCUUCAGGAAAGAGAGGCUUUAAAGGAGUGAUGGGCCUUCCGGGAGCUCAGGGGGACCGGGGACCCAAAGGACAGCCAGGUGAUGUGGGAGAACCAGGGUUUCCAGGGAUACUUGGAAUGUUUGGACCAAAGGGGCCUCCAGGAGACUUCGGGCUGAAAGGCAUUCGUGGGCCUAAAGGGCCUCUGGGCACCAUGGGGAAAAGUGGAGUUCCUGGUCCUGUUGGAAUAAUCGGUCCCAUUGGCAACACUGGUCCUAGAGGUGAUGCUGGUAACAGAGGAGAGACGGGUGCUCAGGGGCCGAGGGGCGCUCCUGGACCUCGUGGCCCUCCUGGACCACCGGGCCCACCCAGUAUCCUACAAUCUUUUCAGCGGGAUGACAGCGGAGUACAUUUGCCUUUGUUUGCUGACUCACACACGACACUCAGAACAGAGGGUGUAUCUGUGUCGGAUUCACCUAUGCUGGACCGGGCUCCAGAGAUUUUGAGGACACUGCACUACCUGAGUUUGUUGGUGCGCAGCUUAAAGAAUCCUCUGGGCACACAAGACCACCCAGCUCGCCUCUGCCGAGACCUGCGCACCUGCCAAUACAAACUCAACGAUGGCACUUACUGGAUUGACCCAAACAUGGGUUGCUCCUCUGACUCUAUAAAAGUGACCUGCAACUUUACAGCAGGCGGUCUUACCUGCCUCAGACCAAUCACGGUGUCCAAGCUGGAGUUCAGUGUUGGGCGUAUCCAGAUGAGCUUCCUGCAUUUGCUGAGCUCAGGGGCGGAGCAACGCAUCACCAUCCACUGCCUUAACGCCUCCAUCUGGAGCUCUGCCCAGACUCAGCCCCCUUCACCAAAUGCUGUGAGGUUCAAGGCAUGGAACGGACAGACCCUUGAGCCGGAUGUAUUGGAAGACACCUGCUGGCAACGGGACGGACACUGGCAGCACGCAGUCUUCCUUUUCAAGGUGACGGACGCCUCACUGCUCCCUGUCAAACACAUCGCCAAUCUGCCUGAAACCACACUGUCGUCACGCUACCAUCUGGAGGUUGGACCUGUGUGUUUUCUGUAGUGUGUGUGCUUGUUGGCAACAACACAGUCAUCGACACCACACUUCCUCACGCACGAUAUCCAGUUGAUGCGGCCCAUGUCCCUCCCACUUCAGUAUUCAGCCACUGAUUGGACUGCAGACGCGGGACGAGAUGGAGUGGGCGGGGCUUUUGGGGGAUUUAGCACUAAAGACUGUGGAGAGGAAAUAUUGCCCUUCCAGCCGUGGAUGUCCAGUGAGAGCAAACUCUAAAACACGAUCCAGGCAUCAUAGAUUAGAGGACAUCCAGGGCCAGGGAGAAACUGACAAACUCUCUCUCUCUCUCUUUCUCUUUCUCUCUCGUUCUCUCUCUCUCUCUCUCUCUCUUCCUUUUGCUCUCUCUUUGUCAAAUAUUAUAGUAAGUUAUUGUAAUGCUUGUAUCAAGGAACUAUGAUCUAUUUUAAAGAGGAAUUAAGAUAAGUGGGAAAAAUUAUAUUUAUAUAUAUAUAUAUGUACUUAUUCUUUAUUCCUGAGCUUUUAUACAGUAACAAUUUCAGUAAUGCUGAAAGUGCAAUAGGAGACAGAAGGAAAUUGAUUAUAUUAGAUAAUGAUUACAUAUUGUGUGGGUCUUUAUGGAAGGCUUUUCAGGGGUACUGUCAAUCGAGUGUGUGUGAUUUUAACACAGUAUCAGACAGGGAAGUAUGCAUACGUGAUUUUGUGUGUGUGUGUGUGUGUGCGCAUUUUAAUGUGACCAGUCAGGGAGAUGAUUCUUUAGAGUAGUUUGUGUGCGUGUGCAUGUGUGCGUGUCACAGAUCCGUGAAGAUAGUUCUCUUUACAUCACCUACGCCACGUCCUGUGUGCACUGGACACGCCUGCAUGGCGGUCUAGUGGCUUUUCUCAGGCAAACGGGAGGAGGAGUGUUUAACAAGCAAGUGUCUGAUACUCAGACUGGGCGUGUCUUACGAGAAACAGGGCACGUCUUUACUGUGCGAGUGUGCCAGUCCUGUGGGUGCGUCUCCCUCCGAGAGGUGUGUCUACCUCUCCAUCGUGACAAGGUGCUAUUUGAAUUGCGGCCCUGGCAGUAUUCAAGACCUUCAAACUUGACGUGAACGCCCAGCGGCAUGAAUGGUGCUAAAUUUUGUAAAUGGAUCUUAGAGCUUCAGUAGUGCUUAAAAUGGAAGCGGCAUUCAUCAACCUACAGCCAUGGCACCCACAGAGCAAAGCACUAAUCAUAAACAUGUUGCAAUCUGCCAUUCAUUGCAAAGUCUGUAGCAUCAGUGUCUUAAAUACCUUUGUGCUUGCUUUGGAGAUUCCAUGUGUGCUGCGUUGUCUACUAGAAUCAAACAAGAGCAUCAACAACAAGAACAUUAUUUAAGAACAAACUGCCUUUCUGACAACGUUGGCGUCAUCUCAUUUGCAAUGGUGUUUUGAAAUAUAUUUUCAGAUGUUAGUGGACAGCCACAUUGGGCCCAAGGUGGCCAAGUUGGUGAGAUUUCUUAAUAUACAACAUUGUGGAUCAAUCCACACUAUGGUGCUUUAAUCCAGAUGGUGGGGACAAUGUGACAGGACACAAAGAUCCAGGAUUUUAAGAUAUUUCCCUGGGUCUACAUUGAUGCAAAAUUAGUCCGGUCAGUCUGGUAUCUCCAUGUAUUCUUUAUUUCACAGCCAGGUUUCAGACUGUAGAGGAGGCUCUGUUACUUAGAUAGCAACGGCAGUGCCAAUACCAUAGUUUGCACGAUAGCAUCUGUUGCAUUUAUUGUGAUUGGCUUAGAAUAGAAAUAUGUAUUCCAGUCUGGAGGUUCCUUGCUUUUGACUGGUCAAAUGGUAUGUUACUGUGGGAUGAUUUUAGUCAGCAAGGCAGUAAUAUGCUUGGCUGCCGGUGAAAGAAUUGGUGGGUCAGUGGCAGUAGCCAAGUUAGCAUUCUAAAAACUGUUACGUCAAAAUGUUACCAAAAUGAUGCACCGAGAGAUGCCAGGCAGGACUCCUGCAGAGAGAAAAGGGUCUUUCCGUGCAUCCAGAAUAAGAUGAUUUUUCAACUAACUGUGAGAUCAAGACCGUCUUGAUGAAAUUCUAGCCAUACUAUGUGCUGGACCUGUACAACGAUUUAGCCAGAAAGUCAUAGGGAUAUGUUGCAACAGGUGUUCGAUGUUACGUCACUUGAUAAGUAAUUGGUACAGCAACUCUUUUGAACAGAGACGCAGUUGGGGCUUGUAAGGUCUAAUCUCAGCGUACUAGAUUAUGGAAUGUAGUGUUGUAGACCACCUCUCCAUACGUCUUUGCUUAAUGUGUGACUUGCGUAAACUGGCUCUGGCUUCAUAAACUGGCCAGACCCCAAAGGCUGUUCCAAAUGCAUUACAGACAGGGAACACACAUGGGCUGAAAGAUUUUUAACAUUUUUCUUAAAGAGGCAUUGUUUAGGCUAAAGGGUUUUCGCCCUUGACCUGAGAAUUCUUAUCUGUGCAACCAACAACGUUCUGUUAGGAAGGCUACAGUUUCUUCUCUCUUAACAUACAUGUGUAUUAUAAUUCUUUAAGCUUCGAUGUAUACAGCGGGUCCCUUUUUAGUUAAUUUAAUCUUAUUUAAAUAUUGUAAACGUGGUUGGGAGCUGUUUCUGUCUGAACAGAAGAUUUCUCCAGAACUUAAUGCAACAGCAUCCCAACUGGUCUUGGAGUUGAUCGACUUUUUUAAUGUGUAAAUUUGGGACUCCGGAAAACAAUAUAUUGCAGUGUUUUACUGUUGUUUUUUUCUAUCCUUUAUAUUUCAUUUUGUUUUAGAUUUAUUUUUAUCUCUGAUAAUCAAAACCAUACUGUAUGGAACUGUCUUAAAUCGUAUUAACAUUUCAACAGGUCAUGUGAAUUUUAGAUUCAUUUUCAGGCAUUAUUGAAUUCCAGUUACCUCACUCUUCUUGACGUUGUCCAUUGGCUCCUGUCUGUGAUCAUUCUGAUUCGUUCAUGUAAAUAAGUGUAAACGCUUCUCCCAGCUUGUUCAAACGUUGUCUGUUCAUUAUCUUUAUUUAACGUCACUUUCAGUCUAAUUUGCCAUGCUUUUCUCAUUGCCGUUUUCCAUGCUUGGUUAAAUAUGUGAAUUCGGAACUGGAAU